AUGCUCUCUCGUCGAGGCACGCCAGAGUCCCGUGGACAACCCAGUCAGUCUCAACAGCAAAUCCAGAAUGAUAUAGACCCUUGGACUCGCAUCCAGAGGUUGUUCGAGAUGCCAUCGCAAACAGGAUUGAAGGAACUGAAUAUCAGUCACGGAUGGCCAGUGAUGAUACUGCUACCCCUGGCUGGAGCUGCGAAGAUAUUUCAUUGGAAUCCGAUCAUAGUUCUCGUCGUGAAUAUCGUCGCCAUCGUCUUUUUAUCCGAGGCGAUAUCUAUUUCAUCUGAUGAACUCGCUGAGCAUCUCGGGGAGCUGCAAGGUGCCUUACUCAGUGCCACAUUCGGAAAUACUGUAGAGCUUACGGCGGGAAUUCUGGCUCUGGUACAUGGCGAGAUCCUAUUUGCACAGUCUGUCAUGGUUGGCAGUAUUCUCUCAGAUAUCCUGCUCGUCUUUGGCUGCUGCCUCGUCACAGCUUCGUACAACAAGGAAGUUCUAGAGUUCAAUAGCGCCCUCGCAAAAACCUUAUCCUCCUUGAUGAUGAUCACAGCCGUGACAAUGCUUCUCCCAACGGCUCUCUACUCAACCUUCCCAGUAUCUGAGAUUGAUGACAGAGUGCUAUCCUUCUCACGAGGAACGUCACUGGUACUUCUCAUGCUCUACGGAGGUUACCUCUGCUUUUAUCUCGGGACUCACAAGCACCUGUUUCUUUCAAACGAGAGCGAGACUAGUGAUGAUGAGGAUAAUGGAAACUCAUUAUCCCCACGCAGCCGAGCCAGUCUAGCUUCAUCAAUCAUCAGAUUGAUAACAGCCGUGGCAGCAACAGUCUUUUGCACAGAGCUUCUGCUUGAAAGCACCAGCGACAUGGCGCAAACACUCGGUGUCUCAGAGGUAUUUAUCGCGAUUGUUUUCAUCCCAAUUGCUAGCAAUAGCACCGAGGGGGUCACUGUCAUUACCGCAUCUCGCACGGGAGACACAGACUCUGCAAUCCGAGUUAUCAUCGAUAGUCUCUUGCAGAUUGGGCUGUUUGUCAUACCAUUCUUGGUGGUUAUUGGCUGGUGCAUUGCUGAACCGAUGACGCUCUUCUUUGACUCAUUCCAGACCGUUGCUAUGUUUCUGGCCAUUCUGGUGGUGAACCAUCUACUUCGUGAUGGACAAUACGCUUACAUUCAUGGUGCGAUGCUGCUUGCUCUGUGGGUUCCCCGAAUUCCCAAUUGA